CAGAUCGCCUCCCGCCUCCCCCUCCUCUCCGACUACCUCCGCUUCACCGCCGUCUGCAAGCCCUGGGCCACCGCCCGCCGCGCCGCCCGGCCCCCCCUCGAGCGCCCCUGGAUGCUCCCCUUCGACCAGCCCCACCACGCCGAGGACGGCCACCUCGUCUUCCUCCCCCUCGCCAACCGCCGCCCCCUCCGUCUCCACGUUCCCGAGCUCUUCCACCGCUGGAUCUGCGGCGCCUCCCGCGGCUGGCUCGUCACCGUCGACCGCCGCCUCCACAUGCACCUCGUCCACCCCUUCGCCCACUCCCAGAUCCCCCUUCCCGUUCCUCCCUCCAUCGGAAUGGAAAGGCUCUACCCUCCCCAGUGCCUCCGCGGCCGCUCCCUCUUGAAGGCCGUCCUGUCUGCCGACCCCGUCGUUGAUCCCACCAGCUGCACCAUUAUGGCGAUCAAUGGUGCGACCGGCAAACUCACGUUUUGCCGCCUUGGCGAUGCCAAAUGGACCGUCAUCAAUGACCCUUAUGGCAUCUACUCCGAUCUCGUCCACUACAACGGCCGCUUUUACGCUGCCACCGCCGAUCCCACCGUCGUGGUCUGCGACCUCGCGAGCCCCGUCCCGAGAACUAUUAUCUCUGCCUCUGCCUCUGGGCGCAGUGGCUUCCCGAAUUAUCUUGUGGAAGUCGACGGUGACCUCCUGUUUGUCGCUCGGCUCCGGUGCACUGCUUUGAUAGAGCAUGGGGAGCACAUCUGCAGGACGGUCAAAAUUGAAGUUUAUAAGCUGGAUAAUGAGACGGGAACGUGGGUGGAGACCAAGGAUUUGGGGAAGAUGGCGUUGCUCUUGACCCACGAUCAGGCUUUGCCGAUCUUAGAGGAGGAAUUUCCUGGAUGCAAGAAAAAUUUCAUCUAUUUUACAGACCUUCACUACAAUUAUCAUGCGAUGUGCAGGUUUGAGGAAGUGGGGAUGUUUGAUUUGGAAAAUGGCGCGCUCCAGCCUUUCACUCAGAAAGAACUAUUUAGCCAUCUAUAUGAGCCAUCAGUCUUUAUGACUCCUGUUUUAUACCCAGGAGGAGAAGCUAGGUCUCCAGCAAAUGUUGCUGGACCAUCUCAAGCACAGGAUGCUUCUGCAUAGCAAGAGGAUGUGCGUGUGUUGAAGUCCAUUUCAUGGAUGAUAAAAAGUAUUUGUAGAAGGACCUGCAAUGUAGUUACUGGGCUCAGGUGUCUUCCUAUUGCAUGUAAGGUGUUAAUAAAGGAAACUCUUCAAACUAUGGUCAUCUUGUUAUCACAUUAUAUUCAUUUAUCUUACUAUGGGAAAAAGACAUGCAGGAGAGACCUUGUUACCUUAAUGUAAUGUUUAAACUUUAAUUUAAUGCUUAUGUUGCUUUGUAGUCUUA